AUGCUUGUUUCUGUUGACGACGUUGUUUCCAGCGCUAUUGAUGCAGCCAGCCACGAGCUGCGCAAGCUCUCGCUGACCAUCCACGACAACCCAGAGCUGGCACUGAAGGAGGUCCAUGCAUGCAAGGUCCUGACCGACUAUCUGUCCUCCAAGGGAUUCUCGGUCGAGCACAAUGUCGCCGGGCUGGAUACCGCCUUCGUCGCCAGCUACCAGUCGCCAGCUGGCUCCGACGGGCUGCACAUCGGGUUCUGCUCCGAGUACGAUGCGCUGCCAGGCGUCGGGCACGCGUGCGGGCACAAUCUGAUAGCCAUCUGCGGGGUGGCGAUGUUCCUGGCCAUAUCGUCGGUGCUGGAGAAAUGCCAGAUCCCCGGAACCGUGAAGCUGUUUGGCACACCGGCCGAGGAGGCGAUUGGUGGCAAGAUCACCAUGCAGAAGGCCGGCGUGUUUGACGGCUCGGAUCUCUUGAUGAUGCUGCAUCCGACGCCCGGCUACUCGGGCUCAUGGCACUCGCAGUGCUGCUUGUCGAUGGAGGUCGAGUAUUUCGGCAAGGCCUCGCAUGCGGCCAUGGCGCCCUGGGACGGCAUCAAUGCGGGAACCGCAGCCAACGUGGCGAUGAUGACCAUGAAUGCGAUGCGCGAGCAGCUGAAGCCCGACUGGCGCACCCACGGCAUCGUGACCACGGGCGGAAAGGCAGCCAAUGUGAUCCCGGACUACGCCAAGAUCGAGUAUACGGUGCGCACGUCCUGGGCGGAAGAGCUCGCGGUGCUGGAGCAGCGCGCGCUGAAUGUCUUUGCGGCGGCGGCGCUGGCCACCGGCUGCACCUACAAGGUCACCAAGGAGUUUGCGUACCUGGACAACCAGGACAACCCGGUCCUUGGCAAGAUGUACGAGGACAUCAUGCACGACCGUCUGGGAGUGCCGCCGGCGCGCGCCCAGGGCGGGUCGACCGACUUUGGCAAUCUGUCGCAGAGCUUCAUCUCCCUGCAUGGCAAUUUCGAUUUGGUCGGCACCGGCGUGCCCAACCACACCGUCGAGUUCACCGAAGGCGCGAGGACCGAAAAGGCCCACGAGAAUGCGCUGUUUGCCGCCAAGACCUCGGCCAGGGUUGCCGCAAGGUGUCUGGUGGAUGGCGAGUUCUGGGAGAGGGUGAAGGGUGCGCAUAAGGAGCGGAAGAGUGCGCCCAGUGCCAGGGAGUUUUACGAAAAGCUCUCGGCGUAA